AUGAACACUCGGGAACAGGAUGGAGAGCCCUGCGCUGCGCUGACGGCCGUGCUCACGUCGAAGGCGCUCGAGGUCGCACGCAAUGGCUUCGCCGGGGCGACGGCUGGCGCGGUGUCCCGCGUGCUUACUGCUCCCCUGGACGUUGCAAAAAUAAGGUUCCAGCUGGACCACGGCGCGACGAGACGCUACGACUCGACCCUGUGGGCGGCGAUGCGGAGUAUCUACGGCGAGGAGGGAUUGGUCACGUUGUGGAGAGGGAACCUACCGGCGAUGUUUCUUUGGUCGGCCUACACGGCGGUCCAGUUUAGCGCGUACGAGCAGCUUCGAGCCACGGACUUCCUCCGCUCCCGACAGCACGACAGCAGCGUCAGCGGCGGCGGCGUCAGGCACCGCGGCAGUAUCUGUCCGUCCUCGUCGCCGCCUCACGAACGGCGCGGAGCCGGCAGAGUCGGGAAGGUGGGGGGGGGGUGGAGGACGGGAGGGCGGGAAGGCGAGAGUCCGUGCCAAGCGCGUCGGCGGCAACAGGAUGGGCGAGGCCGAGGUCUGCCCCCAGCGCUGGCGAACUUCGCGUACGGUGCGAUGGCCGCCUUCACCGCCACCGUCGUCACGUACCCGCUCGACAUCACUCGCACAGCGCUCGCGUUUCAAGGAGUUCCGAAGCGAUACAACAGCAUGUCGGAGUUCUUGCGGCGCACGGCCCGCGAGUCCGGGGUCAGGGGACUGUUCAGGGGCGCGACGCCGACGCUGGCCAUGAUCACCCCACAGAUGGGAGUGAGCUUCGCGGUGUGGGAGGCCCUCAAGGGCGGCGCGCCCCCCCCCGCGUUUUCUGGGUCGGGUUCGGGUGCGUCGCCGGCGGCGACGUUGUCGUGGCAGCUGGGCGCGGGUAUGGUCGCCGGGAUGGUCGGGAAGCUGGUGGUUUUCCCCCUGGACACAGUGAAGAAGAGAGUGCAGACUGCGGUGAGAACAAGGAUUCGCGAGGUGGAGGAGGAGGUGGGGAGGGGGCUCUUCCACUGGGGAGACGUUGCGCAGUCCCACCGAUUGUAG